AUGCUAGGGUUUUUGGAUUUGGUUCGAAUUGAGGAAGUGGAGAUUGAUGAGGAUUUCUCAUUCUUUCAACCGUUGGAUCUGAUCUCAAAGGACGUAAACGAGUUGCAGGAGAUGCUUAGGGAAAGGAAGAGGAAAGAGAGGGAUAAGGAGAAGGACAGAGAGAGAUGUAAAGAAAACGAGAAGGAGGUUGAUGGAGAUCGCAACAACCGUGUCAAGGAAAAGGAUAGGCAUGAGAAACACCACAAGGAGCGAGAGAGGGAAAGGGAGAAGAUGGAACGAGAAAAAGAGAGAGAAAGAGCGAAGAUGGAACGAGAAACAUUGGAGAUGGAGAGACUGAAAUUAGAGAGGGAGAGGGAAAGAGAGAAGAUAGAGAGGGAAAAGGCUCAUGCAAACCAGCUUCGAGAUGGUAAUAAGGACAUGGCUAUUGACCAAAGUGAGAAAGAUAAUGCUGGGGAUGAAGAGCAUGGCCGUUCUUCUGCUGCAGAACCUAUGGAUAUCACCAUGACUCCAACAUCUCUGCCGUCUCACAUUCCUGAUUCUGACGUGAGGAUUUUGGAAGGGCAUACUUCUGAGGUUUGUGCGUGCGCAUGGAGUCCGUCGGCUUCAUUGCUUGCUUCAGGGUCAGGUGAUACCACAGCACGUAUCUGGAAUAUUCCGGAAGGGCCGCUAAGAUCUGGUCGUAGUAUCAACGCUUUGAUCCUGAAACAUUCAAAAGGAAAGUCAAACGAGAAGAGCAAGGAUGUGACUACACUUGACUGGAAUGGUGAAGGGACUUUGCUUGCAACUGGUUCAUGUGAUGGCCAAGCAAGAAUCUGGACUACAAAUGGGGACCUCAUAAGUACUCUGAGCAAACACAAGGGACCUAUAUUUUCCCUAAAGUGGAACAAGAAAGGUGAUUAUCUUCUAACCGGAAGUGUUGAUAAAACCGCUGUUGUUUGGGAUGUAAAGGCAGAGGAAUGGAAGCAGCAAUUUGAAUUUCAUUCAGGGCCAACACUUGAUGUUGAUUGGCGCAACAACGUGUCCUUUGCAACGAGUUCUACGGACACCAUGAUCUACUUAUGUAAGAUUGGAGAUACUCGGCCUGUCAAAACCUUUGCUGGUCAUCAGGGUGAGGUUAAUUGCGUGAAAUGGGAUCCUACCGGUACAUUACUGGCCUCAUGCUCUGAUGAUAGUACUGCUAAGAUAUGGAAUGUAAAACAAGACAACUUUGUUCAUGACCUCCGAGACCAUAACAAGGAGAUUUAUACAAUCAGAUGGAGCCCUACAGGACCAGGAACCAACAAUCCUAACAAACCGCUAACUCUUGCCAGUGCAUCGUUUGACUCAACAGUAAAGAUAUGGGAACCAGAACUCGGAAAGAUGCUAUGUAGUCUCAACGGCCACAGGGACGCGGUUUACUCAUUGGCGUUUAGUCCAAGCGGGGAGUACAUAGCGAGUGGGUCAGUGGACAAAAGGAUACACAUAUGGUCACUAAAAGAAGGCAAGAUAGUGAAGACAUACACAGGAGAUGGAGGGAUAUUCGAAGUGUGUUGGAACAAGGAAGGUAACAAACUUGCAGCUUGUUUCGCUGAUAACUCGGUCUGUGUUCUUGAUUUCAGAAUGUAA